AUGGCCGCCGUCGGCCGGCGCUGCGCGUCGCCCGCGCACGGGUGGGGCGCGUUCGCCUACUUCGCCCUGUCCGCGGCCAACUCCGUCGGCUUCCUGGCGCACCCCUGCAUCGGCUUCUGGCUCUUCCAGCACGCUUGCGCGACGGACCUCGACGAGCGGAGCUCCAUGGCGGCGGCCUACAGGGCAGCAAAAGGGUGCGAAAUUCCCAACUUCAAAGGCUCAUAUCUCGGUCGUUUUCCACUCGCGGCGUACGCGGCGCCGACGCUCGCGCCGCGCGCGAAGAAGGACGACGACGCCUACGGCGCCCUCGACGACAUGCAGCCCACGCUCUCCUACGCGGGCUCCGACCUCUGGCACUGGCUCACGUUCCAGGAGCUCCGCCACCUCGAGCACCACGACUUCCCGGGCAUCCCCUGGACGCGGCUCGCCGCGCUCGCCAAGGCCGCGCCCGAGUUCUACGCGCCGACCCACGUCUACCACGUCCCCUCCAUCGCGACGCUCCUCGCCACCUGGCUCAAGGGCAAGCGCGAGAAGUUCGACUUCGCCUGCCGCAAGCGCCUCGUCGCGCGCGCGCGCGACCGCGCCGUCGAGCUCUCCGUCGCCCACGUCGCGCCCGCCAAGCACUAG